GUUAAUAGCAAUUUCUAUCCUAUCAUCACAUUAUAAUAAAGAACAAAUAUGGCAGUACAAGACUUUGAUCUGAUGAAACAAAGAGAGUAGAAACGAUUCAAUUCAUAUGACGACCUUUACAUAAAUACCAACAAAGAAAGCAACAAACUUUCACUGGUUCUCUCUCGCUAGAGCCCAAGUUUUCGAAGCAAAGGCAAACCUUUCACCUCUUUUGCUAUCGGCGGAGAAAUGGAGUCAUUCAACAAGAUAAAGGUGACCAGCCCGGUUGUCGAAAUGGAUGGAGAUGAAAUGACUCGAAUUUUCUGGAAAUCGAUAAAAGAUAAGCUUAUCUUUCCCUUCCUGGAGUUGGAGAUCAAGUACUUUGACCUUGGCCUCCCUAAUCGUGAUGCCACCAAUGAUAAAGUCACAAUUGAAAGUGCUGAAGCUACUCUUAAGUACAAUGUUGCAAUAAAGUGUGCAACUAUAACUCCAGAUGAAACUCGUGUUAAGGAGUUCAACUUGAAACAGAUGUGGAGGAGUCCAAAUGGGACAAUACGGAACAUUUUAAAUGGUACUGUUUUUAGAGAACCAAUUAUCUGCAGAAAUGUUCCCCGACUUGUUCCAGGUUGGACAAAGCCAAUAUGCAUUGGGAGGCAUGCUUUUGGUGACCAGUACCGAGCAACUGAUGCAAUCAUAGAAGGACCUGGAAAACUUAAAAUGGUUUUUGUACCUGAUGGGCCCAAUGAGAAGACAGAGUGGGAGGUUUACAACUUUACUGGUGCUGGAGGCAUAGCUUUGUCCAUGUAUAACACGGAUGAGUCUAUCCGUGCUUUUGCUGAGGCUUCCAUGAACACUGCCUAUCAGAAACAGUGGCCACUAUAUCUUAGCACUAAAAAUACUAUUCUGAAGAAAUAUGAUGGAAGAUUCAAGGACAUCUUCCAGGAAGUUUAUGAAGCUCAUUGGAGAUCCAGAUUUGAGGCUGCAGGGAUUUGGUAUGAACACCGUCUUAUUGACGAUAUGGUUGCUUAUGCUCUCAAAAGUGAAGGAGGUUAUGUUUGGGCAUGCAAAAAUUAUGAUGGGGAUGUGCAAAGUGACUUCUUAGCCCAAGGCUUUGGAUCUCUGGGGCUGAUGACAUCUAUACUGGUGUGCCCAGAUGGAAAGACCAUUGAAGCUGAGGCAGCCCAUGGUACAGUAACACGCCAUUACCGAGUUCACCAAAAAGGAGGUGAAACCAGCACAAACAGCAUAGCUUCUAUCUUUGCUUGGUCCCGAGGUCUUGCACACAGGGCAAAGUUGGAUGGCAAUGACAGACUCUUGGAUUAUACGGAGAAGCUUGAAGCAGCCUGUGUUUCGACUGUUGAAUCUGGGAAGAUGACCAAGGAUCUUGCACUCCUUAUCCAUGGACCUAAGGUCACUAGGUCUAAGUAUCUGAAUACCGAAGAAUUUAUUGAUGCUGUGGCUGAGGAGCUGAGAGUGAGAUUGUUUAGCAGAGCAAAGUUGUAAACUCUUGGUUGCCAUGCAGCUUUUUUCUUUUUUCUUUUUUGACAUGUUUAAGUCAUUGGUAUUUUUCCAAAUAAAUAAAUGAAUAAACUCGUAUUGAGUACCUUCAAAAUCCUCGGGUGGUCUUUUUCUGU